AUUUUAAAAAUGUCUGCCCCUUAGAAAUUGCGGGCCAAUGGGUGCAUUAUGGAAACACAAGACACGCCUUUGGAACAAACCCAUCUAUUGGAUACAUCUCAUUGGCUAGUUCGAAGGCGUCGUUUACAGUAUUGACGCACGUCUUCCUUCAUGAGGUAACGGGAUUUAUGAAUAAGGACACAGAAUUAAUGAUUGUGUUUUCAGAUUUAACGCGUGGCAUUGGGUGAAUUUGAUUAUGAUAUGGGGUUCAAAUAUUUUCAAACUCUACAAGGUAUUUAGAGACAAAUUUCAGUUGAUCGUGCUCUUAAUCCUGACCGCCAUCCAUCCCCUCAUUAAUAUUAAUGAAAUCAUAAGAGCAUAAAACCAUCCCCCCGACGUGCGCUUACAUCAAAGCGUCACCAUCGUCAGAGUGGGAUCCUACAAGAAGAGCGUUUGAAUCCACUUUUGAAUCUCAGCCUUGGUCGUUAAACGGUUGUUAUAAAUUAUUUUGAAGUCAAUUGAUAAAUUAAAUACGAUUUUAAAAUGGCUUUAAGAGGGCCACUGCGUCGUCUUCUACGGACUCAACUCAACAAUACCUGUCAGAGCAGAGCUCAUUCUGUGGCUGUUUUAGGAGCACCAUUCUCAAAAGGACAGAAAAGGAGAGGGGUGGAACAUGGACCCAAAGCCAUCAGGGAUGCCGGUCUGAUCGAGAGGCUUUCAAAUCUGGAUUACCCAGUGCAUGACUUUGGAGACCUGAGCUUCCAGUAUCUGGAGAAGGACGAGCCCUACAUGCACGUCCCCUACCCUCGCACUGUGGGCAGAGCUAAUAAACUGCUGUCAGGGGCCGUCAGCAACGCUGUGGGAGCCGGACACACUACCAUCAUGCUGGGAGGAGACCACAGCCUGGCCAUUGGUUCAGUGGAAGGCCACGCCCGGCAGUGUCCUGACCUGUGUCUGAUCUGGGUCGACGCCCACGCUGACAUAAACACGCCCCUCACCUCGCCCUCAGGGAACCUCCACGGACAGUCGGUUGCCUUUAUGCUGAAAGAACUGCAGAACAAGAUGCCAGAGCUGCCAGGGUUCAGCUGGAUGAAGCCCUUCCUGUCAGCUAAGGACCUGGUCUACAUUGGCCUGAGAGACGUCGACCCUGGAGAGUACGACACCCUGAAGGACUUGGGUGUCCAGUACUUCACAAUGAGAGACAUCGACAGGCUCGGCAUCCAGAGAGUCAUGGAAGUCUCUUUCGACCACCUCUUGUCAAGGAAGCAGCGGCCGAUCCAUCUGAGUUUUGACAUUGAUGCGAUGGACCCGUCUUUGGCCCCGGCCACAGGAACACCAGUAAACGGAGGACUGACCUACAGAGAAGGAAUCUGGAUCACAGAGGAGAUCCACAACACAGGGUUGUUGUCGGUGAUGGACCUUGUUGAGGUCAACCCAGCCCUGGGGGCGAGUCGUGAGGCGGUGGCGAGCACCGUUUCCAUGGCGGUGGACGUCAUCGCAUCAUCCCUGGGCCAGACCCGCGAGGGAGGUCCCAUCACCCAGGAGUCGCAAACACUCAAAGACGACACGGAACAGCUUCGACUCUAGAACCACAUUCUAGAACCACAUUCUAGAACUCAAAAGACUCAACAUAUAACCACUUGGCAUUCCUGAAUUUAAAAAAAAAUUAAAAUACUUUACAUACAGAACAGAUGCACUGAAACUGUAAUUGAAUAGUUUCAAAGCAUUUAGUUGCAUCUUCUGUGUGUGUAUGUAUAUAUAUAUAUAUAUAUAUAUAUAUAUAUAUAUAUAUAUAUAGUACUGUAUGGCAACCUGUUCAACAGUCAGUCAAACAAUCAUGACUGAAUUUAGAAAGCCUUGUUCAAGGAUUACAUCGCUAAUUUACUAAGAAAAGCUUUAGCCUGGGCCCAGAUCUGUGUUUUCAUGGCAACUGUUUGCCAUGACAAGACUGGCAAAAUAGUAGUACAAAUAGACUGGUAACGCAGGCUAUUAAAAGCCCACAUCUCACAUGUAAACUGUAAUUGAUGUGAUCGACAGCUGGUCGCUCUGGCCUUGACAGGACAGUCUCCCUAGCGCCACUAUUUAAAUGUUGACUGUAUUCGAUGUGAUCGGUGGUAUGCGGUGAUCGGUGGUAUGCGCCACAGGCGGUGAUCGGUGGUAUGCGCCACAGGCGGUGAUCGGUGGUAUGCCCCACAGGCGGUGAUCGGUGGUAUGCCCCACAGGCGGUGAUCGGUGGUAUGCCCCACAGGCGGUGAUCGGUGGUAUGCCCCACAGGCGAUCACUAAAACUCAGUAUUGCUCAUGACUGGAUCCUGAAUCUCUGAAAUAUAACAGGGUUGUAACGAAAUAAAAUGAUAAUACUAAUGUGA